CUUCUUUCCUUAUUGAAAAAUAUUCUAUUUCUACGCACACAGUAGUCAUCAAACUACCAUGGCCUUCUACUUCAACCACGGGAAUAUGGCUGACCGAAUGGAUCACCAUGAUCCAGCAUCCAUUCCAUCAACACGGCCACCGUCGAUCAACACAGCCGAGCAUCUACCGCAGCUGCCGCCUCAGGCGAGUGUCAAGCGUGGUCGGCGCGACUUUAAGAUCACCAAACUGUUUGAUGCAAAGUCCAUAUCGCCGCACGACCAACCGGCAUCAUCAGCACCGCACCACGACAACUCCAAACAGCUGCCCACGAACCAGUUUGGCGAAGCCUACAAUCCCAAGGACCUGAUUUUCAACGAUGCUGGCCAAGUGACGUAUGUGACGUGGCGAGCCCUGAUAAUCUACCUUACACUGCCUGAAGACAACAUGGACUUUAUGCGCGUGUUCUUUAUCGGAUUUCGGCUGUUUGCAACAUCUCGAGAGCUGGCCGAGGCACUGGUUAUGCGAGCGAACCUGCCGCCCCCAGUGUCAAAGACUGGAUCAGAGCUGCGGGCCUGGCGGGAGCGCAGAUUGCGGCCAAUCCAGCACAAAGUGAUUCAGGCAAUCAGACACUGGCUUGACAAUGCCUGGUGUGCUGAGCACGACCCGCCGUGCUUGCCGAUUCUGUCGCGGUUCCUGGCAAAUGAGUGCAAAACCUCGAAGCACGGGUUAUCGCAGCGCGAGUGUCUGAAGCUUCUCCGUCGCAUCCGCGAGCUGCAUCGUAGUGGUUCGCCAGGGAUAGAGUCGCUGCUUGCGCCAGCGCCGAUUAACGAUUUGACCAUCUCGCAGACUCCCUCGCAUCAGCUACCGGCACUUGCGACUGAGAGCAAGAGCCAUGAUGACCCAAAGUACGAACUGCUAUCAGCUGCUGAGACGAAUCGCCACAACCACAGAAGACUGCUGGCAAAUUUGUUUGCACACCACCACCACCACGGCCGACGCCAUAAAGGCCAUGGCGAGAAAGCAGUAGGCACCAGCGAGAUAGAAGCUUAUCAGACAUCGUCGCUGCAAUCAAUUGGCACCAGGCUGAGUGAAGGGAUACUAGCCGACAAGCGGCCAGAUCAUAUACGCGAUCCGACGCCGCUUCUAAUGGCUACAGUUGGCGUGGAUCUGUCUGUGGAAGCAUAUCGCUCAACACAUAUUCUGCAGGUAUCGCCGAUGGAUGUAGCAUGCCAGCUGACAAUAAUCGAGAGCUCGUGCUUCUGCCAGAUCCAGCCAAUGGAGCUGGUUAACAAAGAGUUUAGCCAUGGUGAAACGUCGCUAGCCGUCAAUGUGCGGCAGAUGACAAAGUGGUCGACGCAGAUUUCGCGCUGGGUCUCGGCUGUGAUCCUGUCCGAGGUUACCGCAGACCGGCGGUGCCGGGCACUCAAAUACUUUAUCCAGCUUGGAACACAGUGCCUGGCGCUGAAGAACUACGACGCGGUCAUGGCAAUCAAGGCUGCCAUAUUCUGUGCUGCAGUGAUGCGACUGAAGAGUACGUGGGCGCUCCUGCCCAAAAAGUACGACGUGCUGAGCAAGCGGCUGCACGAGGCAACCGACCCUGACCGAAACUACGCCAACUACAGGGCUCUUUUGCGCCGCUCACAACCACCGCUGCUGCCGUUCAUGGGCUUGUACUUGACCGAUCUGACAUUUCUCGAAGACGGCAACCCGACGUACCGCCGCCGCUCAUCGACAGAUUCGACGCUGACCAUAAAAGACAUCAAUCGCCAGUCGCAGCCGUGCACGAACUCGGAGCAGGUUGACAUCAGCGACCCACAUAUCCUGAUCAACUUUGACAAGGCGUAUCGCGUGUCUAUUAUUGUCAAGGAGAUUGCCAAGUUCCAGGUCGAGUACAGCGGCAACUUCACGCUGGCCAAUCCCGGGUCUGCAGCAGUACCUGAUCGAACAGUGGGACAAUCACGGCUAUCUACCAGUUCAGGGGCCAUGCGGCUGACCCGCUUGUUGCCUGGAUCUCAGAGGCUCAAGGCCAAAGAGACAGCAGUUGUCUAGUAGCCUCUC